AUGUUGGUCGCUAUUUGGUUUUCUAUGGCUUUCCUGGCCUCGGCUCAACGUCAAGUUCAACUGGGUAUCCUCAAAUGUUCCCCUAACGAAGUGAGCAAAGUUUUCUAAGAGCUUCGGAUUUGUUUUGUUCCAGAGGGCCCCGAUGACGGAACUGCCAUAUGAUGGUUGGCCGAAGUUUCUAGCCUUCGACCGGCCUUUGAAACACGGUGACUGGGUCCGCUUCUCCUUCACCUUCCGCAACGACGACGUCCCUACCGAGUUUGUAACAAGUCCUGUGAAGAGAGCAAGUUCAGAGAAUUCAGUGCGACGAUCGACUUCCGCAAGUACGACAGAGGCGUUCGGCUGGACAAGAACAUCAUUACGCUGCAUAUGCGCUUCAAACAGGACGAAAAUCGACUCGUUAUCAAUGCCCAUGACGUCUGUUUCCAAUCUUCUCAUCCAGAACGACGACCUUUAGGAGGAGGGAAAAUGGCAGAACUAUGAGCAGUCGCAUGUGUUCCGGUCCUGGUGGUUGCCCGGCAGAACAGCCCACAUUGAAGUCCGGUUGGUGUUCAAUUAAAUGGGCAUCCUUAUUGUGAGGCUUCAGCUACCACAACACCAUGUUCGAAAUCUACGAAAGGACCGUGGUGGGAUACGUUUGGAUCACGGAUUUCCGAAACAUCCACGAAUACACCGAGUACUUGAGCGCCACCAACGUGCAAUUCUUUCUCUACAAGGUCCAGCAUAUUUGCUACGGCGACGAUCCUGAACCUGACGUUGCGGAAGAAGAAUGA